UUCCCCAGAAGGAAAAGAGGACCCUUGCAGCCCAGAUGGCUCUGGAUGCAGAGGCAGCCUUGGUUGGACUGGGCCAGCUAUGGCUGCCUUGUGGAUGAUGGGUCUUGGGGUCUUUCCCAGGAGGGGGGUGGCCUGGGCUGUCCGAGGGAGUGACCUCCCCAGGCUCCCCCCUCCGCAUCAUCAGCGUCGUCAUCCAGGGGGAUUCCCAGCCCCAUAAAAGAGCCCCAGGAGAAGAAGGAGAAGGAGAAGGAGAAGAAGAAGCAGCAACCUCGGACUCUGCCACUCUGAGCCAGCACAGGGAUCAUGAACUCAUCCUCCUCCGCCGCCGCCCUCUUGGUGCUCCUUCUGGCCGCCUCAGUCCUCCUGGCCGCCGCUGCCCCGGUGGGCUCCGAUCCGCCGACCUCCUGCUGCUUCAGCUUCACGUCCAGGAAGAUCCCGCGGAGCCACGUGGCCGACUACUACGAGACCAACAGCAGGUGCUCCCAGCCGGCCAUCGUCUUCAUCACGCGGAAAAAGCGGGAGAUCUGCGCCAACCCUUCGGAGCGGUGGGUCCAGGAGUAUGUCAACGACCUGGAGCUGAACUGACCGAGAAGCCAUUCCUAGAGGGGCAAAAGGCCCAGGGCCCCGAUCCCCCCGUGCCAGUCUGGGACUCUGAUUCCGCCUCAGGGAUCUGCGGUGCUAAUUUAAUCUUAUUUAAGGCCUUUUGCUUGUGGCAAGAGUCCCAUUUCUGCCAAAUGCUUUAUUUAUGAGAUGCAAAACCAGACGUUUUAUACUUUUCUAUAUUUAUAAAUGCAACGUGGCGCAACCAUG